UACCCCUUCCCCUUUUCUUCUAUUGUUGCAACUCCCCUCAAUUCUUCUACAUCACCACACCUUCUACUCAAUUUACAAGUACUUCUCAAAUAUUUGUUGGUUUUUCUUUCUUGGGUUUGCUCAAUUCUCAAGUAGUUUUCAAAUAUUUGUUGUUUUUGCAUUCUUGGGGUUUGCUCAAUUCAGCUUUAUUUUCCCAUAAUUCCACAUUAGUCCUCUCCACAACCACUCUCUAUUUGGACUUGAUUUUCAAAUAUUUGUUGUCUUUUUCUUUGUUGGGGUUGCUCAAUUCUGCUCUAUUUGCCCAUAAACACUACAUUAGUCCACUUUCAACUCAAUUCUCAAGUAAUUUCACAUAUUUGUUGUUUUUUCUUUGUUGGGGGUUUUGCUUAAUUCAGCUCUAUUUUCUCAUAAAUCCCCCAUUAGUCCUUCACCAGUCCACUACUCUUUCUACUUAGUUCUCAAGUAUCUCUCAAAUAUUUGCUACUUUUUCAUACUUGGGGUUACUCAAUUCAACUCUAUUUGCCCAUAUUCUAUUUGUAUUUGGUUUUCAAGUAAUUUCUCCAAUUUUCUUGCUACAUAAAAAGAGUUUUUUCCCCUUUCUUGAUUUGUCAAGUAAUACUCAUAUUUAUUACUCUAUUUGUAUUUUACUCAACAAAAUUCUAUCUGCUUACUCCAACACUCAUCAACCAUCAGUCUUUUUUAGAACUUGAAAUUCCUCAUAUUUGUUGCUUGUCCAUUGUUGAACUGCACCUUUGUUCACUUGAACUAUACACCUGCAAUUUCUCAUAUUUGUUCCAUCUUCAUUGGUAUUCUUGAACUUGUUACUAUACUUCUAUGUCGACUUCAGCUGAAGGUAACGGAGCUAUAAUUGAUCCACAAAGACAACAACAACAACAACAACAACCUUCUGGUGGAGGUGGAGGAUCCAUUAAUGGUGCUUUAACAGUGAAAAAACCGCCAGUUAAAGACCGUCAUAGCAAAGUUGACGGUAGAGGAAGACGUAUAAGGAUGCCAAUUGUAUGUGCUGCUAGAGUUUUCCAGCUCACCCGUGAACUCGGUCACAAGUCUGAUGGACAAACGAUUGAAUGGCUGCUUCGUCAAGCUGAACCUUCAAUUAUAGCAGCUACUGGUACUGGUACAAUACCAGCUAGUUUCUCAACUGUAUCUGUUUCAGUACGGAACGGGUCUUCUUCAAUUAAUUCAUCAAUAACAGCUCCGCUUGAUCAGAAGCAUCAUCAAUCACAGUUGAUUUCUCCAGGGGCGCCGUUUAUACUGGGGAAACGCCUCAGGGCGGACGAGGAAAGCCUGGAAAACGGAAACAAGGACGAUAAUGUGGGUCCCACAGCUAACGUAGCUGUGGGACCCACGACAGGGUUCUGGGCCGUGCCGGCUAGGCCGGAUUUCGGCCAAAUUUGGAGCUUCGCCGCCGCCGCGGCGGCACCACCAGAAAUGAUGGUGCCAACAUCAGCGGCGGCGUUAAGCUCGCAGAGUUCGAGGUUUUUUCAGCAGCAAAUGGGAGAGGCUUCAGCUGCUAGGGUUGGGAAUUAUUUACCAAUGACUCAAGGGCAUCUCAAUUUACUAGCUUCCCUAUCAGGUCCGCCGCAGCCUUCUUCGGGGAGAAGAGAGGACGACGGGCGUUGAAGGAUAUGAAUAUUUAUUAUUAUUGUUGUUGUUGUCGUUGUCGUUGUUGUUGUUAAUAUAUCGUAUAAAUGUGUCUUACUUAAUGUUCUUGUUUGUGUUAGAUGAGAAAUUGUUGUUAAAAUUUGGAAGUUUAGGUUCUAGUGAGUGAUAAUUUGAUGAAUUAUUGCUAGGAUUAGGUUGUUUGCUUUUAUCUCAUUUGUAGCUGUGGGAAGAUAAACAAGAAACACAAGUAUAAUCAGGGGAAUUGCUGCUUGUGAUGAAUUUGGUGGGGUUUUUUUUGCUAUUGAUGCAGAAGACCUUGACAUAAUAAGCUGUUUGAUCACUUUGUAACAAGAGAUAAUAGGGGAUCAGUGUGGACUAUGAAAACCUGUGGUUCCACAUGAAUGUAUUGUAAGGAAACCAUGGAGGUUUCCAUUGAAUUUAAUUCUGUAAUUUGUUGAGAAACUAUAUCAGUUGUGAGCUAAACUUUCCUACUCAAAAA